UACCAAGAAUUCAAAGUUCAACAACACACAACACAAUUACACAACAGCACCAGCUACCACUACCAAUCCAAAUAUCUCUGCCUCUCCCUGCAUCUUCCCAACAUCUUUGGAACUCCACCAACAAACCAACAUGCCAACAAUCUCCAAUUUCUACACCAUGCAAGAAGCAUCUCUGCAUAACACCAAAGAUGAUUGCUGGAUCGUUGUCGAUGGAAAGGUAUACGAUGUGACGCAAUAUUUGGAUGAUCACCCUGGUGGAGAUGAUGUACUCAUUGCCGCAACUGGGAAAGAUGCAACAGAUGAUUUUGAAGAUGCUGGCCACAGCAAAACUGCAAGAGAACUUAUGGCGGAGUAUUAUAUUGGUGAGCUUGACACAUCACCACCUCCACUUUCCACCAAGGAACCUGUUUCUGAAAAGUUCAUGCAGCUGAGAAAGCAAUAUUUGGCUGCUUCCAUGGCCCUAGUUGGUAUCUCAGUGAUUGUUGGUUUCUUAUACUUACGUAAGAAGUAAAAUACAUUAGUUUACAAGGCAAUUCUUUUCCAUUGUUGCUACUGCUACUGAAGCAUUGUCGCAAAUUUUGUAUUGCUGAAAGCAUAGAAAUUAUAAGAAAACUAGCUUAUCUUAAAACAUAAAUAGUAAUCGAUUCUAUGCUGCACAUUACAUUGAAGUACUGAUCAAAGAAUGGAUGAUCAAGCAUGUUUCUUGCGGUUUUGUUGAUUA